ACGCUCGUUGCGUAUCAACGUGGAUGAACGUCAACAUGGCCGAAUCCAUGAGAGCAGCUGCUGAGAGUUGAUGUGGCACUGAAGAGCAGCGGUGGCAGUGAACUUGAAUUGAAUAAGUAAUAUUUAUUUAGCAGAUUAAGUUGUACAGAUCUGGUCACCAUGUAUCUCCAGAAGAUGUUCUCAUGUUCUCGGCUUUUAGCGAGACCAAAUGCUCUGCAAACCUUCAGAAGAGCUGCUUCUCAAGGCAAAAUGCCUCUGGCACGGGCGCACGGUAAGUCAUUUGCCCACCGCAGUGAGCUGCGCCAGGCCAAAAGAAUCGUUGUCAAGUUGGGGAGUGCCGUCGUAACCCGCGGCGACGAGUGCGGCCUCGCUUUGGGCCGACUUGCUUCAAUAGUAGAACAGGUGGCCGUGCUUCAGAAUCAGGGUAGAGAGAUGAUGAUCGUGACCAGUGGCGCUGUAGCAUUUGGAAAACAAAGGCUGAGGCACGAAAUUCUUCUCUCACAGAGCGUCAGACAAGCCCUGCAUUCAGGCCAGAAUCAGCUCAAAGAUAUGGCACUGCCGGUUCUAGAGGCGAGAGCGUGUGCCGCUGCGGGACAAAGUGGGCUUAUGGCUCUGUAUGAAGCAAUGUUCACUCAGUACAGCACCUGUACAGCCCAGAUCCUGGUAACAAAUCUGGACUUUCACGACGACCAGAAAAGACGAAAUUUGAACAGCACCCUUCACGAGCUGCUGCGUAUGAACAUCGUUCCCAUUAUCAACACCAACGAUGCUGUGGUGCCUCCCCCAGAACCCAACAGUGACCUACAGGGGGUAAAUGUUAUCAGCAUCAAGGAUAACGAUAGUCUUGCAGCGCGGCUUGCCGUGGAGAUGAGGGCAGAUCUUCUCAUCGCUCUCUCUGAUGUAGAGGGCCUUUAUGACAGCCCACCGGGGUCAGAUGAUGCCAAGCUCCUGGACACAUUUUACCCUGGGGACCAGCAUUCCAUAACCUAUGGCACAAAGUCCAGGGUCGGCAUUGGAGGAAUGGAAGCUAAGGUAAAAGCUGCCCUCUGGGCUCUCCAAGGUGGGACUUCUGUUGUGAUUGCUAAUGGUACACACCCCAAAGUCACAGGUCAUGUGAUCACUGACAUUGUUGAGGGCAAAAAAGUGGGAACAUUCUUCUCAGAGGUCAAGCCAGCUGGCCCUACAGUUGAGCAGCAGACAGAAAUGGCUCGUUCUGCUGGCAGGACACUUGCUUCCCUUGAACCCGAACAGAGAAGUGACAUCAUCUGUGCAUUUGCUGAUCUCCUCACCGAGAGGAAAGACGAGAUCUUAUCUGCCAACAAAAAGGACAUGGAGCAUGCUGCCAGCAUAGGUCGUCUGUCUCCAGCCUUGCUGAAGCGACUCAGUUUGUCAUCAUCAAAGCUGAACAGUCUGUCCAUCGGUCUGCGCCAGAUCGCAGUGUCCUCUCAGGACAGCGUUGGCAGGGUUCUGCGAAGGACCCGUGUGGCAAACAACCUGGAGCUGGAGCAGAUCACCGUCCCCAUAGGAGUACUGCUGGUCAUCUUUGAGUCCCGGCCAGACUGCCUCCCCCAGGUUUCUGCUUUAGCCGUUGCAAGUGGAAAUGCUCUUUUGCUGAAAGGUGGCAAAGAGGCAGCCAACACAAAUCGCAUCCUGCAUGAGCUCGCCCAGGAGGCCCUGUCCAUACAUGGAGUGAAAGACGCCAUCCAGCUGGUGAGCACGCGUGAAGAGGUGGAGGAUCUGUGCCGUCUGGAGAAGAUGAUUGAUCUGAUCAUUCCCCGUGGCUCCUCUCAGCUAGUCAGAGAUAUUCAGCGUGCAGCGAAGGGCAUCCCUGUUCUUGGUCAUAGUGAGGGGAUCUGCCAUGUUUAUGUGGACCAUGAGGCCAGUAUUGACAAAGCCAUCAAGAUCAUCCGAGACUCCAAAUGUGACUACCCUGCAGCCUGUAACGCCAUGGAAACCCUGUUGGUGCAUCGAGAUCUUCUCAGAACACCACUGUUUGAUCAGAUCAUCGACAUGCUGAGAACAGAACAUGUGAAGAUCCACGCUGGCCCCAAGUUUGCAUCCUACCUGACCUUCAGUCCAUCAGAGGUGAAAUCUCUGCGUACCGAAUACGGGGAUCUGGAGUGCUGUAUCGAGGUGGUGGACAGCAUGCAGGAGGCUGUUGAUCACAUUCAUAAAUAUGGCAGUUCCCACACUGAUGUUAUUGUCACGGAAAAUGAGGAAACAGCAGAGCAGUUCCUUCAGCAAUUGGAUAGUGCCUGUGUCUUCUGGAAUGCCAGCUCACGGUUUGCUGAUGGAUAUCGGUUUGGUCUCGGUGCGGAGGUUGGCAUCAGCACGGCCCGUAUUCAUGCCCGUGGGCCUGUGGGGUUGGAAGGGCUUCUCACUACCAAGUGGGUCUUACGGGGCGAAGGCCACACAGCUGCAGACUUCUCUGAGCAGGGCAGCAUGACGUAUCUGCACGAGAAUCUUCCAGUGGCGCAGCUUCUUCCUGGACGCAGAACCACCAGCUAGAGUCUUUAAGUAAAACUCACCCACUUAAAA